GCUUAGGGUUUGGGACUCAGGGGCCGGAGCAUUUGUUUCCUGCGUUCGAAUCCGAAGGCCUUUUGCUCGGCAGAUCUGCGACGACAGCAUCCGCCAGUCCCGAGCUCCAUCUCAUCGGUGCACGUCGAAACCGCGAACAUUCAGUCUCUCUAUCCACCCACCGUUUUUGAGUUUGUGUCAGAUCGUGGAAACAGGCGAGCUUGAAAUUGGAGCCAUGGCGCAGUAUGAUCUGACUGCCAAGGUGGCGCCCUACUUGGACCGUCAUCUUGUGUUUCCGCUGCUGGAAUUUCUGCAAGAGAAGCAGCUCUAUGCCGACGACCAGAUUCUCAAGGCGAAGAUCGAGCUUCUGGCCAAGACGAACAUGGUUGAUUACGCGAUGGACAUUCACAAGAGUCUGUACCACACCGAGGAUGUACCUCAAGAAAUGGUGGAUAGACGUGUGGAAGUCGUGGGGAGGUUGAAGUCGCUUGAGGAAUUGGCUGCCCCCCUCAUCAGCUUUCUCCAAAAUCCUCAGCUGGUUCAGGAGCUGCGGUCUGACAAACAGUAUAACCUGCAAAUGCUGCACGACCGCUACAAGAUAGGGUCUGAACAGAUCGAAGCGCUGUACCAGUACGCGAAAUUCCAGUUUGAGUGUGGUAAUUACUCUGGUGCGUCGGACUAUCUCUACCAGUAUCGGACGCUUUGCACCAACAGUGACCGUAGUUUUAGCGCAUUGUGGGGCAAGCUAGCAGCCGAAAUUUUGAUGCAAAACUGGGAUAUUGCGAUUGAGGAACUCAAUCGCUUGAAGGAAAUCAUUGAUUCGAAGAACUUCUCAUCACCUUUGAAUCAACUACAGCAACGGACGUGGGUGAUGCAUUGGGCCCUUUUCAUAUUUUUCAACCACGAAAAUGGGCGCAAUGGCAUCAUCGACCUUUUCUUCCAAGAAAGGUACCUAAAUGCCAUCCAGACAAAUGCGCACCAUCUGCUUCGGUACCUAGCUACUGCGGUCAUCGUUAACAAAAGAAGACGGAACAUGCUGAAGGAUCUCAUCAAAGUUAUCCAACAGGAGCACUACACUUACAAGGAUCCAAUCACUGAGUUUCUGGAAUGCCUGUAUGUCAACUACGACUUCGAGGGUGCCCAGAAGAAGUUACGGGAAUGCGAAGAGCUCAUUCUGAACGACUUUUUCCUUGGAAAGGAAGUGCAAGACAACGGUUUUGUUACUGUCCCUUUGAGGGAUGAGUUCCUUGAGAACGCAAGACUGUUCAUUUUCGAGACUUACUGCAGGAUACAUCAGUGCAUUGACAUUGGUAUGUUGUCUCAGAAACUGAACAUGAACUACGACGACGCGGAGCGCUGGAUUGUAAACCUCAUCCGCAAUGCCCGCCUGGACGCCAAGAUCGACUCGAAGAUGGGAACUGUGGUGAUGGGAACUCAAUAUGCUAACGUGUACGAGCAAAUCAUUGAUAAGACCAAACAACUUGCAGUUCGAAGUUACAUGCUCGCGAACAACGUGGCCGCCACUGCUUCUGCCACUCAGGCCUCUAUAGCUCGUUAAGGUUGUGUCUGAGUAGAGCAUAAGAGCAGUUGAAGACGAAGAUGGUGACGAUAACGGCUGCCCUGGUGUUCGUAUUUUUUGAUCUCAUUGGGCUGGAAGCUCAAAUGCCACCAUUUCUUGUUUCUUCCCAGCCUUUCAAAAGGCCAGCUGGGAGACGCUUGUGACUCAAAAGGGAUGCUCUCCAUCUGUAAUGAUACUUUGCGGGAAGAGUCUGUAAUGAUAAUCAUGGAAAGAGACCCUGACCCAACACCUGUUUCCAAUUUUACCUAGGACAUCGGGGUCGGCAUUUCGCUUGUGGGAUGUUAGCGCAGAUUGCAACUAGUUGGUAGUAACCAUUCAUCGCCCCUUUGCAGAAGAAAUACAUGGGUCUGGUCGUUGAUUGUUCAUGUUCUGAUUUUUAACAAUAGAGUUAAAACGGUCACAACGGAACCUGGUCUUUUUCAAAUCUUGUCAAUUGAGGGUUCUUGUUUCACAUCAGGAUUUCAACACUCUGGAGUUUUAAUGUGGGAGUGUAGCUCACACUCGUGUUUACUUUUGUUUUAUGCACUAACCAGUCCUUACGGAAA